AGUCAAGAUAAAUCGCUCCCUUUGCUGUGUAAGAGUAAAACCAUCUCAUCUUUUGCUAGUGAAUUCCAUCCAUUGCAGAGUAAAACCAUAAUCUCAUCCCAAAUGGCAGAGAGCCUAUCCUCAACCCUAUCCUCUGCAGUAAAAUUUCAAAAGGCUUUUGUACAUGGAGAAAUUCAAUAGCAUACAAGGACUAAAAUUUUUCACACUUCGGAGACAAGGUAUGACAUUUGUCAAUAUUUGAGUCAACCAGUCAAGAUAAAUCGCCCCCUUUGCUAUGUAAGAGUAAAACCAUCUCAUCUUUUGCUAGUGAAUUCCAUCCAUUGCAGAGUAAAACCAUAAUCUCAUCCCAAAUGGCAGAGAGCCUAUCCUCAACCCUAUCCUCUGCAGUGCAGAUUAUAGGUAAACUGGUUAUUGAAGAAGUAAAGUUUCUACAAGGCGUUAGCGAGAGAGUCAGACUCCUUCAUGACGAUCUCAAAGGGAUACAAAGGUUCUUAAGAUAUGCAGAUACGAAACAGACUGCAAGGGACAGUAUACAACAGUGGGUUCCGGAGUUUAGAGCUGUCGCUUAUGAAGCAAUUGAUUUGGUUGAAGAUUAUGUUUUGAGGGUUUCAAUUUCAAGCAACGGAGGCUGUUGUACUCUAAAGAGGAUUGCUUGCAUGGCCACGGAAGGUUAUGCCCGUCACAAUUUGGGUGUGGAGAUUCAAAGUCUCAGAAAUAGGAUCUCUAAUCUCACCAAAAAUUUUGGCGAGUAUGGGCAUGUAAUGACCAGAACGGAGGAAGGAGAGUCGAGUGCUCCAUCCAGACUGCAACAAUUAAGGCGGACUCGCUCCUCUGUGGCCGACAAGGAUGUGGUUGAACUGCCUGAUGAUGUUCAGGUGCUGGUUAAAUAUUUGCUGAAUGAGGUGGCAGAGCACAAAAUAAGCGUGGCUUCGAUUUUCGGCAUGGGUGGUAUAGGCAAAACAACUCUUGCUAGAAAGGUGUAUCACCAUGGAAGAUUGAAGGAUUAUUUUGAAGGUUUUGCUUGGGUUUGUGUGUCACAACAAUGGCAACCAAACGAUCUCUUGCAAGGCAUUCUACUCAAGCUUACACCUGAACAGAGCAAUCAGAUAAUGACGAGCAAACAAGAUGGGCUAGAAAGGCUGCUUCAACAUCACUUGCAAGAUAAUAAAUGUUUGAUAGUCCUCGACGACCUUUGGUCAACGGAAGCUUGGGAUUGUCUAAAAGACGUAAUCCCAGUUUCGGAGGAUGGAUCCAAAAUUUUGCUCACAACUCGUAAUGAAGACGUCGCAGCAUAUGUUGGUCCAAAUGGUUAUCACCACAAACUGCGUUGUUUGACCGAGGAAGAAAGUUGGGAGUUGCUACGAAAGAAAUCAUUGUGGGAGAGUAAUGGUGCAGGUUGUGAAGAUUUGGGCAAGAUGGAAGAGUUAGGAAAGAAAAUGUUGAAUAACUGUAGAGGUCUUCCACUGGCUUUGGUGGUUUUGGGUGGAAUUCUUAGAACUAAAAAAACCCUCAAGGAAUGGAAGGAAGUGCAUGAGAAUAUCAAAUCCUAUCUGGCUAGGGGAGAAAAAAUUGGAAAAGAAGGAGAGGUGCCAAAGAUUUUAGCUUACAGUUAUUAUGACCUCCCUUGGCAACUAAAACCAUGCUUCCUUUACUUGGGUAAAUUCAGGGAAGAUUCCGACAUUAGAGCGGAGAGUUUAUAUCAAAUGUGGAUGGGAGAAGGUAUGAUAUUUGAGAAUGAUAGAAGGGAGCAAGAAACGAUGAUGGAUGUUGCAGAGCGUUACUUGAAAGAAUUAGCAAUAAGAUGCAUGGUUGAAAUUAAAGCAUAUGAGGAGGGGAAGCAUGCAGUAACAAAGUUGGAGUCAUGUCGUCUUCAUGAUCUUAUGAGAGAUCUAUGCUUAGACAAGGCAAAAGAGGAGAAUUUGUAUAAGCUGGUUGAUCGAAGUCCUUCACAAGAUUCUCCUCCUACAACUGAAGCACAGUUUGGUUUAGUCCUUCGUUUGCUUCCAGAGGAUAUCUCUCAAUACAAGUUUCCGCCAAAAGAACAAACUAAGCAUCUUUGCUCAUUCCUGUGUGAUCCGUUGGCAGGCAAAGGGCAAUUACCUAUUCCAGGGGUGAGAAUAAUGUCCCAAGUCAAGAAUUUGAAGAUGCUCAGGGUUUUGGCAAUGUUAUCCUUCAACAUGGCCUCCCAAAGUUGUUAUCUCAAAUCACCUCUGGGAUAUGUCAGCAAGCUUAUCCAUUUGAGAUGUUUGAGAUUGAGAGGUCAGAGUAUAAACUUGCCAUAUUCCUUGGGCAAUUUAAAGUACUUGGAAACUCUCGAUUUAUCUGGUAGUGAUAAUUCUUGUAGAAUACCAAACGUCCUAUGGAAAUUGGAACGUUUUAGAUAUCUUUAUCUUCCGAACUGGUGGUUGGGCCCUCAGCAUAAGUGGGGCCCUCAGCCUAAGCUGCAGUUGAGCAAGCAGCUGGAGAUACUUGAAUCAUUCGAUAACAGAUUUUGCUAUCCUAAAGAUGUAUGCAAAUUAUCGAAUCUCAGAUCUUUCAAAGCAAAUGUGUAUAAAAAUCUCGAGGACCUGGAACGCAUCAUCAAUCAUAUAUCAAACUUGGACUGCUUGCGCAUCAGCUCACUUAUAAUCAGAAGUUGUAAUUUUGGCAAAACCAACUCCAACAAUUCGAAUGACAGCAACGGGAGUUUGGAUGUUCUUUCAAGGGUGUUGUUUAGUAGGAAUAUUCAUGAAUUAGAGAUCAGGAAUAGUUUAUGCAAGAAGUUGCCAGAUUACCAAUCCCAAACGGUUCCUCACCCUGCAGGACUUACUCAAUUAAGCCUGAGUUAUAGCGGAAUUGAGGAAGACCCAAUGGCAACACUUGAGAAGCUUCCUAAGCUAAGAAUACUGGAACUUGGGCCAAAAUCUUUUCUGGGCCAAGAAAUGAGCUGCCACUCGAUGGGAUUUCCCCAACUAAAAGAUCUCGUGCUUUUUGGUUUGGGAAACUUAAUGCAGUGGAAAGUGGAUGAGGGGGCCAUGCCUAAGCUCUCAGGUUUACGGAUUGAGGUCUGUACAACGUUGGAAAUGAUUCCAGAUGGGCUGAGAUGUUUGACCACGCUAGAAGAGGUCUCUCUAGCGGGCAUGCCUGAGGAAUUCAACAAUAGAGUUAGGAUCGAGAAUGGUCAACAAGGAGAAGAUUAUGAUAAAAUAAGUCACGUGCCUUCAGUUAAAAUCUACAGUUUUCACUUCCGUAUCAGCUUUUUGAAGAAAAUUUGUAAGAUUUAAUUUUAGAUUGAGCUCAAUUUUGUGGUUGUUUCCCUUCAUUUUCGUGUCGUUGUGCAGAAGGGUUAAAGGAGUAAUAGGUUAUCAAGUAGAAACUGUUUGUCCAAGCAAUCCUGUUUAACGAAGCCCUGGGUCUUGUCUUAAGAAAAUUCUACACUGAAUCUGCUGGCUUUCCCUGAUCUCAUCCGAUUCAAAUGUGAGCUACUGUGUCGUAAGUUUCUUUGCACAUAGCAGCUGUUAUGGGACUCCAAAUGAUCUGAAACACGGGCCAACAAGAUUGCAAGUUGGUUAGAUCUUCUUGUGUAGCUAGCAUUUGUAUGUAUUGCGAGCAUCUUUACUUAGCUAUUAGGGAAAGAUACCAAUCUGUUAUAUGAUCCUUCACUUUUAGUGUUUGACCCAACAAGGAGAUAAUGUGUGACUAUUUUCAGCUUU